AUGGAUUUCCGCAUUCUCUUCCUUCUUCUGCCUUUGUUAUUUCAAGCUCCUUUUUCUUCAUCUACAAAUACCCUAUUACCAGGCUCAUCCCUAUCUGUUAAAAGUGCAACAAGCGAUGUUCUGGUUUCGCCAAACGGCGUUUUCUCGGCAGGCUUUAAAGCCGUCGGAGAAAACGCUUUCUGCUUUGCUAUAUGGUUUGCAAUAUCCUCUGAUCCUACCAUAGUUUGGAUGGCGAACCGAGACCAACCAGUCAACGGAAGAGGUUCAAAGCUUUCGCUGACUAAAAAUGGCAACCUCGUACUUCUCGACGCAGGAAGAGUUACCCUUUGGAGCACAGGAACGAGAAAUAUUUCCGCCGUGAAACUGCAGCUCGAAGACACCGGAAACCUCGUCCUCCGUACCUCAGAAGGGGGUCAAAGUUUCACCCUCUGGGAAAGCUUUAAAUCUCCCACGGAUACACUUCUUCCUCAACAAAAGCUAACCAUGGAUACUGAUGUUGUCUCGUCAAAAAGCCAGACCAACUAUUCCUCUGGCUAUUACAAACUCUAUUGGGACGAUGACAACGUCCUCCACCUGCUUUGUCAUGGUCCGGAUCGGCAAUUAUCAAGUGUGUACUGGCCUUAUCCUUGGCUAAAGUAUUUUGAAAAUGGGAGAUCAACUUACAACAACAGCAAAACUGCGGUCCUAAACUCGUUCGGAGUCUUCUCAUCAUCAGACGAUCUCUUUGUCUUGGCCUCCGAUUACGGUGAGAAACUUCACCGAAGAUUAACCCUGGACCCGGACGGAAAUCUUCGCCUAUACAGUUUUGACAUGAAGAAAAGUACGUGGGUUGUUACCUGGCAAGCCUUCCCCAAACCAUGCGAUAUUCAUGGUACAUGUGGGCCAAAUAGUUUUUGCACUUACCACCACAGUUUCGGUCAGAGAUGCUCUUGCAUACACGGAUUUAAGAUGGCUAAUCAUAGAGAUUGGUUCUACGGUUGUGAACCGGAGGUAAAAUGGAACAAUAGUCGGGAGAUUGACGGCUUUUUUCGCGUUGCCAAUGCCGAGUUCUAUGGCUACGACAGAGGCUUCUUUCAGAAUCAGACGUUAAAGGGUUGUGAAGAAGUUUGCUUAAAUUUGACAGAAUGCAAAGGCUUCCAAUUCAAGUUUGAAGACUCUGUUUAUAAGUGUUAUCCCAAGACUCAACUGCUCAACGGACAGCGCGCAUCAAAUUUCAAUGGAGACGUCUACAUAAGAGUUCCUAAAGCUAAUCUUUCGUUUUAUGAGAAGCCCGGCAAAGAAAUAGAAUUGGAUUGCCCUUCUAAAUCGGUGAUAUUAACGACAGCGUAUAAAAAGCCCCACGAAAAUGCGACCUUAAUGGUUUUGGUUUGGGUUUCCGUUGGGCUUGCUGGGAUGGAGUUUGUUUGUGUCGCGGUAGUGUUAUGUUUCUUGUAUUUGACAAGAAAUGGAAAGGACGAAAAGGCCCAAGGGUACAUGCUUGCUGCAACUAGAUUUCAGGAAUUCACAUACGCCGAUCUGCGCAAAGCGACUCGGGGAUUCUGCGAAGAAAUUGGAAACGGAGGGGGAGGUACUGUUUUCAAAGGCAUGUUGUCGGAUGGUCGAGUUGCGGCGAUCAAGCGGAUGAGAGAAGCCCAUCAAGGCGAAGCUGAGUUUUUAGCAGAAUUAAGCAUCAUAGGAAGACUAAACCACAUGAACUUGAUUGAGAUGUGGGGAUAUUGUGCUGAGGGAAAGCACAGGCUUUUGGUGUACGAGUACAUGGAACAUGGAUCUUUAGCUGACAACCUUAGUGCCGAUCAUGCACUUGAUUGGGAAAAGAGGUUUGCCAUUGCAAUGGGCUCGUCAAAAGGCUUAGCUUAUUUGCAUGACGAAUGCUUGGAGUGGGUUUUGCACUGCGACGUGAAGCCUGAUAACAUACUCUUAGACUCGGAUUACCAAGCCAAAGUGGCUGAUUUUGGGCUGUCCAAGAUACAGAACAGAGGCGAGGCUCAUAAUUCAAGCUUCUCGAGGAUUCGAGGGACGAGGGGUUACAUGGCGCCUGAGUGGGUUUAUAAUCUUCCUAUCACCUCUAAAGUGGAUGUUUAUAGCUAUGGAAUUGUGGUGUUGGAGUUGGUGACUGGAAGGAAACCGACAGGCGUACAAAUCGUGAUCGGCGGCGGCGGAGGGACGGCUGAGCACGGGAGGUUGGUGACAUGGGUUAGGGAGAAGGUGAAUGGAGCUUCUACCACGGAAGCUUGGAUUGAAGAAAUUGCAGAUCCCAUACUGGAAGGGAAUUUUGACAGGAACGAGAUGGAAGUUCUGGUUAAAGUGGCUUUGCAAUGUGUGGAGGAAGACAAGGAAGCUAGGCCCACCAUAAGGCAAGUUGUCGAGAUGCUGCAGUGCCAUGAAGACGUACGUGCUAUCACUGACGUCUUAAUAAAACCUAGUUAAUGCUUUCCUUUAAAUGUUGUAUACAUUUAUUGCAAGUUCAAUGUUAAGUAGGCUGG